AUGGAUGCCUCCAAGUGGUUCGAGUGGACGACCUUUGACAUUAUUGGAGAUCUUGCCUUUGGCGAACCUUUUGGAUGUCUUCAAAACUCCGCCUCGCAUCCGUGGGUAGAAAGCUUCUUCGCGUCGAUGAAGAUCAUCCCUUGGAUUCAAGCCAUCAGUGACUUCCCUCUCUUUUCCGUGCUGAAACCUCUUUACUUCCUCCUCUUGAUUCCCAAGGAUGUGCUGAAAAAGCGGCAUCUAAGUCAGGUUAUGGCUGAGGAGAACCUCAAGAAACGGCUUGCGAUAGGAGGGGACCGACCAGACUUUGUUCAAGCGUUGGUUAAAAGCGGCGAGAAGCACGAAAUGUCUCCGAUCGAGAUGAGGGACAACAUGGCUCUCCUCACCACAGCGGGCUCCGAGACAACCGCGACGACCCUCGCAGCAACGACAUACUUCCUUGGCAACCACCCCGAGGUCCUCGCAAAGUUGAACGCCGAAGUCCGCUCAGCAUUCAAGAGCGAGCAGGACAUUGAUGUCAACAGCGUCCAGAGUCUCCCUUACAUGCUCGCUAUUCUCAAGGAGUCUAUGCGGGUUUAUCCUGCUGUCGCCAUUGCCUUGUUGCGUCAGACACCCCCGAGCGGCGCACAGAUUGCAGGUGACUGGGUGACUGGAGGGACGACUCUGGGUAUCUGGCAGUAUGCUGCGUAUCACGAUCCUUCCAAGUUUCUUCAUCCAGACGCAUUCAUCCCUGAGCGAUGGCUGGAUGACAAGCGCUUCGAUGGUGAUCAGAAAAGCUUGCAUCAGCCUUUUUCUUACGGCCCGCGGAACUGCCUGGGCAUGAACCUUGCAUUUGCUGAGAUGAGAUUGAUUCUUGCACGCAUCAUCUGGAACUUCGAUCUGGAGCUGGCGCCAGAGAGUAAAUCUUGGGCAGGAAGUCAAAAAGUUUUCUUCUUCUGGGACAAGCCUCCCUUAUGGGUGUACUUCAAACCCCGAAAAGAUUGA